AUGUUAGACGAUACUGAGUUACGCUCACUGGCGGCUGGCAUUACUUCCCUUUCAGCGGAAAGCACUCACUACAAUGACCAGCUACAGGAUUUGCUAGAGAGAUUCAAAAAUCUACUCAGGGACUACUCUGCUAUGAGAGAAAAUUUCGAAGAAGGGGAGAAGACACGGCAAUUCAAGAAACAGGUUGACAGACACUCGUUCGUGUUAGUACUCUUGGAUGCAGAUGGCUACCUUGUGGGUUUUCAAAGCGCUCUCGGAGACAAAAUCACUCUAUUAAUUACGCCAAAGUUUCAAGAUCGCUACUUACAGCGCGGAAGCGAAGGAGGAAUUGAUGUGGCACACGAGCUACGUGAUAGAAUUCAUGAUCUGAUGCUAUCUAAUAAGCAAACACGGCUCCAAGAGUGCCAAAUUAUGGUUCGUGCAUACGCAAAUGUCCUUGGGCUUUCUAGAGCUUUGGCCCGAGCUGGCAUUGUGCACGAUGGAACUCAGGCACUUCUUGAAUUCACCACAGCCUUCACACGAGGGCAGGAUCUAUUUGACUUUGUAGAUGCGGGCACAAAGAAGGAGAGCAGUGACUUUAAGAUAAGGGUAGAGAUGUUUCGAUUAUUCACUGGACUUGAUCAGUGCCACCAUAUCUAUUUCGGCGGAUGUCAUGACGUCGGAUAUCUCUCCAUGUUAACUCCAUAUAAGGGCAGGAACGAUCUUAUCACUCUCCUCAGAGCUGGUUCAUUUCAUCGAGAUUUUGAAGCUUUAGACCUCUCGAUUGAGGAGCUGCCUUCUGUAUUCAAGUCAACUCGCCUAGAUGCCAGAGACUACCAGAUGGGGCUGGAAAAAAGAAAUCCGUUUCUUCUUCGCCCAACUUCACCUCAGCCGCUGGCUGACGAUUCGCAGAAAGUAUCGCGCUUGGAUGGUGUCUGCGAAAAUAGAUUCAACAAUCAGCUUCCCACAUGCCCGUCCUCUUCUGAUUUGCAAGAGCCUUGCACGAACUACGUUCCCGAUUCGCUGGUCACUAGACAUCUGGACGAUUUGUUCUCGGUUAAUCUACCUCGGAGAUCUUCUACAACAGAAGAUCAUAUACCGCUGAAUAGGCUUGGAAGGCGUCUCGAUUUCUUCUGCCCAAGCCCGAGUGCAAAAGCUCUUGAAGAGUAUCGCCAGAGAGUUGCGCAGCAGAAAGUUUGCAAUAGCUACCAGCUUGCCGGCAGCUGCAAUAGAAAGAACUGUCCCUACGAUCACGGUUCUGUUUCAGAUGCGAUUAUUGAAGUUCAAAAGCACAUAAUGGUUCAAUAUCCAUGCGCACAACUUGGUGCAUGUCGAUCGAGAAGAUGUUUCUUUGGCCACCAUUGUCAACUCGCAAGCUGUGGGUCCACAGACAUCCACCGGUGCCGAUUUGACCCACAUUCGCACAUCUCGGAUCCUCAAGAUCUUCAAACAUUCGAGUGGGUGCCUGCGACUGGAUGCUAA